AUGUCUGAGAUGACGCAACCCUACGCGGUUUACAGUCUAUACACUGUAUGCUGUCAGCUGCUUCAGAAGAGAAGAUCGAUUCAAUUUGAGCUCAUUUAAGUAAAAUUGCCGCUGCUGAGCCGAGGAAAACGGGCCUCAUCCUUUGCCCUGCAGCCGCCACGUGGACUCGGCUGCAGAUAAUGUCAGUAUCUGAGGACCUUCCAGACAUGGAUGGGACAGACCUCUUCGGGCUGCUGUUCCAAGAUGGCACCAGUGGAUGCGCUGAGCCCUUUUUUCAGGACGAGAAUGGCCUGAUCGAAUCCUGGCUGUCCGAGCAAAAUAUGCUGACGGGGGUGGAUACCGAAGAUUUCCUGACCAGCUUGCUCGACGGUGACAACAACACGGGGGCCUUCUGUCCCUCCCAUUCCCCGCUGGGCAGCGACAGCGGCAUUUCCGACGACAGCAGCACAGGGGCUGGAAACAACAACAACAACAACGCGUUGGGAAGUCCCCGCGGCAGUGAAAGCGACAUAGUGCCCAGUCCCAGCUAUUCUCAUCCCAGCCCCGUGCACUCUGAGCCUGGCCUCACCCCGGAGGAGAUGCAGGCGGAGAGCCCCGAGGCCCUGUCGGUCCACGCAGACCACAGCUACUCUCUGCUGCAGAGCGGAGCCAGGGACAUGGACCUGCUGGAGAGCGUCAGGGCAGAGAAGCCAGACACCGACGUCUUCAUCGAUCUGGAUGACCUGGUGAGUGACGCCAUGGAGGAGGACUUCGCCACAGAGCUGCCUUGUACUUUGGCCAUGGACAGCUCUGCACAGGAUUUGGCGGAGCUCAGCAAAACGGACCAGUUCCAAUUUAAAGAGAUUGUUCUCACUGAGGAGGAGAAGCGGCUCUUGGCAAAAGAAGGAGCCACCAUUCCUGAGCACAUGCCUCUCACUAAGGCCGAGGAGAGGACUUUGAAGAGGAUCAGGAGGAAGAUCCGCAACAAGCAGUCUGCUCAGGAGAGCCGCAAGAAGAAGAAGGUGUACGUCGAUGGACUGGAAAACAGGGUUGCUGUCUGCACUGCACACAACCUGGAACUUCAGAAGAAAGUGCAGCUGCUUCAGAAGCAGAACAUGUCCCUGAUUGAGCAGCUGAGGAAACUCCAGGCUAUAGUGAAGAUGUCCACUUUGAAGGCCAGCACAACCAGCACGUGUGUCAUGGUGUUCCUGCUCUCCUUUUGUCUCAUCAUCUUUCCGUCCGUCAAUCCAUUUGGUGGAAACGGGGAACAGAAGGAGCCCUACACGCCCUCGUCCGUCAUUUCUCGGACCUUGCGCUCAGUGCCGUCAGAAAACACAGAUGCUAUGCUUUACCUGGAGGCCGAGGAGGACCCCCUUGUCUUGGUGUCAGAGGUGGUGGAGAACACCAAAGCCAUGUUCUCAGGCGGUCAGAAGAACCACACCCCUGACUACCAGAGGGUGGAGCAAUCGGACUCUGAGACGGGCGUAAACAGCAACUCCUCGGCAGACUUCCCCGGUCCCGCUCAGGCGGCAGAGAUGCUACCCGGGUCGCCCGGCGGCGUGGGUCCUUUAAAAGAAGCGUCCAUUGACCCCGUGGUGGCGACUGCUGUGGCGUAUGACGUCCCGGGAUCCAAGGAGAACUGGAUCGACCGAAGCCCCCCUUCUGUCAUUUUACAGCAGCACCGCUCUGAUGAGAUGUAGGGGAGUUUUCAUUAAUGGAACCAGCAGGGGGAGACAUUUAAAACAAUUUAAUAAAAUUUUAACUCUUAAGAGGGAAGCUUAAACUUAAUAUAAGGAUGAAGGUAAAACUCUUAUCUCUCCAGAUAGGGGAAUCCCCCUGUUUUUAUAUUCUUUUCUCAUUUGCUGCAGGACCUUUUGCACUUUUAAUCAGAUUACAUUGAAGAACCGUUCACAGUAUAAACUACUGUAUAUUUGUAUUUUUUAAAAAAGGGCCAGUGUUGCCAUUGUAUAAAUCUCUGGACUACUGCAGGCCACAUGCUACUGAUGUAGCCCCAGUGGGGUGGGGUGGGGGGGGUUAACUUAUUUUACAAUGUGAUGACCAAAAGUAGGAGAUCAAAAUUCACAAAUUGGGGAACGUUUUUAUUUUUUAAUACAGGACUUUUGUUUUGUUUUGUUUUUGCCUUCAGCAAAUGUUGAUAUGCUUUUCAAAAGCAAUGCUAAAAUCAUCAUUUAAAAAAAAUAUAUAAAAAUGAACGUCCAGCACCUCCAUCAUAGAUUGUAUUGUAGAAGAAAAGCUGCUUGACUCUCAUAAAGCUUGAACAACGUGGUUGGUCGACCACUAUAUGUAUUGCUUAAGCCAUUGCAGGACAUUUGGCCAUUUAGAAGACUAGUAAAGUUUGUUAGUAUUUCCCUUGUACCAAGGGUAUCCAUGUGCUUUAUAAUUUCAGAAUGCUCUUUUGUUUUUGUACAGUAAAGCAAGAGGCAAUCUAGAGAAACGUGCCCUGAACCCCUUUAGUUUAUAAUUGUUAGUGAAGCCCAGUCGCGUUCAACUGUUUCAUCGGCUUGUGAAAUAUGGCUUUCUUUAUAAACGUCUAAAAUACCUUCCCAAUCAUGUGCUGGGAAAAAGGGGUGGGUUAUUAAAUAUUUUCUCAGUGAACUAUUUGCAGUAAGACAUACUCAAAGGUGUAAUGUUUUGUUAGUGAAAAUUUGACUUUUAUUUGUGUAUAUUUCUUGUGACUGUCGGUGAUAAAUGGAAUCUAAAUUGUACUGGAACAACUUUGAUAUAAUUCACACGCCAUGAGAUUUUUCAAUGUUAGUCAUGCCAGAACAAAUGCACUGACAUUGGAGAUAGUUUGAGAAUUAAGUGUAAAUGCCAUACAUGAUUGUUACUUUUUCUGUACAUAUAAACUCAAUGUAUAAUACAUGUUUGAAUAUCUAUCAUAAUAAACCUUUUUUUUAAUAAACAUUUAAUUUUA